CAUCAAACAAAAAGUCCAAAACCCUCUUUCAUUAGUCUUCUUUGUAUGUCCUUUCUUCCCUACUUCCUUUUUCUCAACUAUGGAGAUUCCCCCUAACUUAGAAGAUGGAGAAUAUUGGUUGCCUUCUGAUCUCCUCCAAGAAAUACUUUACCCCUCUAUGCAUGUUGUUGUUGAGCCUGAAAGUCUUCCAACUAGAUCUUCGCCUAAAAUUGACACCAGCAUUGAGGAUUUGGCAAACAAGCUACAAAAUCAUAUCGGUUCUUUUGCUGCAAAGCCAGACUGGAAUGGUUUCUCUUGGUAUGGUGAAUUUGAUACUCCAGAAGGACCAGAACUCACUCACCCACAGAACCUAAUCCCACCAACCCAAAAUCAGGAUUUUGAGAGAACUGUAGGAGCUAUGGUUUUUCUAGAAAAACCAGAAGGGACUGGAGUUUUUCUCCCUCGCGCUACAUGUUCAAGCUCUAUCAAGGAAUUUGAAAAUCAAACUGGAAGGACUAGUAUUUUUCUUUCCAACAAGAAGAACAAGAUAUAUUCAAAGAAUGCUGAAGCCAAAAAGAAGACAUGCGUCAAGGAAAAGGGAGUGGAAAGGAAAGCAAAGGAGUCUCCUCAUCAACCUUUCUUAAGUUUGUCAAAGGAGUGGACAUACUAAAAAAUAGGCUCUAGAGAGAAGAAGAGGAGAGUAGAGAGAGAAAAAAAAAAACUUUUGUUUGUUGUGUUAUGUUAAACUAAAAUAAAAUCUUGAUUUAGUCAAGAAUGAAAUGAAAAUAUGAUGGCAAUAAAUCUAGUUUAGUAUU